AUGUGUGCGCGCUCCCGUGGAAGGACGCUGCGCGCUCCCGUGGUGCUGAUGAGGCGGAUGAAUGAGCGUCCGCACGAGACCACAACAAGCACCACGCGCACGACCAUCGGGGUUCGGGUGGGUCAUGUACGUGGGGAGCCGGAGCUGAAGCGGGAAGAGGAGGGAGAGCUGCCCAGGGGACUCCCAGUGUCCUCCUCGCAGCGCUUCAUCUUCUUUAAACUUUCAUAA